CUGGCACCAUGGCCAAGCUGGUGGAGUGCGUCCCCAACUUCUCGGAGGGGAACAACAAGGAGGUGGUCGAGGCGCUGGGACAGGCCAUCUCCAGGACACCAGGCUGCCUGCUGCUGGACGUGGACGCCGGCGCCUCCACCAACCGCACCGUCUACACCUUCGUGGGGUCCCCCCAGGCCGUGGUCGAGGGGGCCCUGAACGCAGCCCGUGCUGCUGGGCAGCUCAUCGACAUGAGCCAGCACACGGGUGAACACCCUCGCAUGGGGGCCCUGGAUGUCUGUCCCUUCGUGCCAGUGAUGAACGUCAGCAUGGAGGAGUGCGUCAGCUGCGCCCACGUCUUCGGGCAGCGCUUGGCAGCGGAGCUGGGGGUGCCUGUUUACCUGUACGGAGAGGCGGCGCAGAAGGAGAGCAGGAAAGCCCUGCCUGCCAUCCGUGCUGGGGAGUACGAGGCUCUCCCCGAGAAGCUGGCAAAACCAGAGUGGGCUCCUGAUUUUGGGCCAGCGACCUUCGUUCCCCGGUGGGGGGCCACGGUGACGGGCGCCCGGACCUUCCUCAUCGCCUACAACAUCAACCUGCUGUGCACCAAGGAGCUGGCUCACCGCAUCGCCCUCAACCUCCGCGAGCAGGGCCGUGGGCCCGAGCAGCCCGGGCGCUUGAAGAAGGUGCAAGGCAUCGGGUGGUAUUUGGAGGAGGAGAACGUAGCCCAGGUUUCCACAAACCUGCUGGAUUUUGAGACCACGCCUCUCCACGCUGUCUACGAGGAGGUCUGCCGGGACGCCGAGGCACUGAAUCUCCCUGUGGUGGGAUCCCAGCUGGUGGGGCUUGUCCCCAAGAAGGCCAUGCUGGACGCGGCCGAGUUUUAUAUCAAGAAGGAAAAUCUCUUCAUCCUGGAGGAGGAACAGAAGAUCAAGCUGGUGGUCAGUCGGCUGGGCCUGGACUCCCUGUCUCCAUUUCACCCCCGGGAGCGCAUCAUCGAGUACCUGGUGCAGGCAGGAGAGGUGGCCGAGGGGCUGGUGGCCAAGCCUCUGGGCGCCUUCGUGCGAGCGGUGGGCGGGAGGUCGGCGGCGCCGGGAGGAGGCUCCGUAUCG